AUGUCUGAGGCAGUCCAAUUGUCAAAAGAGGUUUGUGAUCAACCAUGGCCAGAAGCUGCUCGUAUCAGGGAGAAGUAUCCUGACAGAAUUCUAGUUAUUGUGGAGAAAGCUGAAAGAAGUGACAUACCAGACAUCAACAAGAAGAAGUAUCUGGUUCCUGCUGAUCUAACUGUUGGGCAGUUUGUUUAUGUGGUUCGGAAGAGGAUAAAGCUUAGUGCUGAGAAGGCCAUAUUUACAUUUAUCAAGAACAUUUUGCCACCUACUGCUGCAAUGAUGUCGGCAAUCUAUGAGGAAAACAAAGAUGAGGAUGGUUUCCUCUAUAUGACUUACAGUGGAGAAAAUACAUUCGGAUCCCUUUAAGUGCAGCAAAGCUGAGUAUCUGCAAAUAUAACCUUAAUAAGUACGGAAUAUGUAUAUUCU